UACGCAGCACCGCAUAACCUUAAACUUCAAAACCAAAACAUUGCAAACUGUCUGCUGCUGUUAUUCUGAGAUAGCCUUUUCGUGCAAAAUAAUACGUACAUAAAUUUUGCCAUGGUUCACUUUUCUCAAAUUUUGAUGAUCCAGGUCACAAGAGUAGCUAGGAAGAAAUUCCGGGGAUCUUAUAUGGACAAAGUUCAUGUCAACAUUCAGGCUGGUAACGGAGGGAUGGGUAAUGUAAAAUUCGGUGGCAUUGGUGGCAAAGGAGGUGAUGUGUAUAUGAUGGCAACAAAAGCCAAAGAUCUGAAAACUGUAAUUGAAAAUUUUCCUGAAAGAAGGAUUAAAGCUGGGCAUGGGGGGAACAGUGCUGCAAAAAAGCUGAUGGGUGCUCGAGGGACUGACAUUACUGUGGGAGUUCCUCGUGGAGUUAAGGCCAUAUCUGACGAUAAAUUCGUUAUUGGAGAGGUUAAUGAGAAAGAUGACAAAGUUCUUAUAGCUCAAGGCGGCAUUGGGGGAAAUCCUGCCACAGGAUUUUCUGGAAUGAGAGGACAAAAAUUUAAUGUGACAUUUGAGUUGUCACUUAUUGCUGAUGUUGGACUUCUAGGCUUUCCAAAUGCUGGCAAAUCUACUUUACUUAAAGCAUGCUCAAAUGCUAAACCCAGAAUAGCAGAUUAUCCAUUUACGACUGUUAAACCAAAUAUAGGAAUAGUGGAAUAUGCAGAUUUUCGAAGGAUCACUAUGGCUGAUCUACCAGGGCUUAUAGAGGGUGCCCAUGCAAAUUUUGGUAUGGGCCACAAAUUCCUUCGUCACAUAGAGCGUGCCAAACUAGUUUUGAUGGUUGUUGAUGUUUGUGGUUUCCAACUAAGCAGCCAGCAUAAGAAACGAUCAGCCCUUGAAACCAUCAUGCUUCUCAACAAGGAACUCGAACUAUACAACCCUGAUUAUUUAGAUAAACCGAUGGCUCUGAUUGUCAAUAAAAUGGACCUCCCAGGGUCAGAUGACAUACUGAAUGAAAUCAAAGAUAAACUCACAUGUUUAUCAGAGUUUUCUCAAGAAUUGCCUGAAUAUUUUAAAUGCAACAAACCUGUUCAAUUUGAAGAGGUAAUUGCUAUAUCUGCCAGCGAAAGGACAGGAAUAGACAAGGUAAAGGACUACGUUCGGUCUUCUUUAACCAACAUUGCCGAAAAGACAAGGAUAGGACAGGAUGUAGAAGAGAGACUGAAUGCAUUAAAACGUGUUUCUGCAGAGGCAGGACCUCGUCUUGUAUGAGUAAUAAAUCAUUACAAAUGUA